AUGGCAACAGAGCAUUCCAACGAGAGUCAGCCAAAAGAAGACCAACCACUGCCGCAAGCCGAGUCCACACCUGUGGAAGAAGACAAAGAGCAAGCGGCUUCUCAUUCAAACGAAGAAAGAGCAGCAGAAGAUUUUGGAUCCCGCUACCUCCGUCAAGUAACAGCAGAUUUUGCGGAUGAUAUUGAGAAGCUCCGCACCGCGUCUGACUUUAAGGAAUCGUCAGUACCCGUCCUUAUUCAGGCAUUGAAAGAAGGUGCCGCCAACUUCACGGAAAAGGAGAAGAGGGAGAUGAUGGACCAGGGCAGAGGGAUACCAUCAGAAUAA